GGCAGUAAUGCGCCUCUCGAGGCUUAAUCAGCCUCAAACCGAGCAGAAGGAAGUGACAUUUUCCAGUGUCCUUGUGCUGGUGUAGCUUCUUGAGCAUUGUGAUCUGAAGGAGAAAUUAUCACAAUGUUUAGACACUUAAGGACCCUGCACCAGGUUACCAGACGGACCAUAACCAGUAGUACACCCAGACAGCUGGAGAAUAAAGUCCCGGCAAAGCAGAAGCUUUAUCAGGAAGACAACGGUAUGCCAGUUCAUUUGAAGGGAGGCGCUAGAGAUGCUCUCUUGUAUAGGGCAACAAUGGCCCUUACUGUCUUUGGGUGCGGUUAUGUGGUGUAUACAUUGAUUAAUGCAGCUAUGCCCAAGAAGAAGGAAUGAACAUGCCCCUCUAUUCAUGUGUCUGAGUUGUAAAGAUGAUUAAUCCUCAGAAUUAUAUGUCCUGACAUUUAUUUUGAAUACAUUGGUUUAAUAUUUAUUGAUUGUAAUAUACAUAGCAAUCACAUUUAAUAAAACUUUCC